GGGUUUCUUUUUUGGUGUGUGUGGGCUGGUGUGUGUUUGGUUUUUUUUGGGUUUUUUGUUACGUUCAGUGGUGUGUAUAGACGUGCUCUCAAGUCUUCUUCGACUCACUUCUUUGGAGGCGACAACAGCAGCAGCGGCGACCGCUGGAGCCAUUGCGGUUGCAAUCCACGGGAUUUCCUCCCAAGCGCGGCGCGGUUAGGAUCGGGGACGCUGGAGAGUUUUUCGAGCCUCGACACUUGAAGAAUCCUAUAGAGGAGAAAGCGAUAAGUCUCUAGGACCUAGGAGGAGCUGGGCGACGCGUGAGUCAUUUCUGGCAUCUGGCUGGCCCAACGUUUCCUCCAACAGGAAGUGCCGCACAGUUUGGCUGCCCACCUGAACAAUCGUGUUUCCUAGGAUAAAACUGUGGGAGGAGAAACCAAACCUCUUGUGUUGCUCUGGAUGGUGCUGACUGUUGAAAAAGUAGUGGUGGACUUCACCAGGGAGACUUUCCGGACCUGAACCAAAGAACUCUGCACUGGGCUAUCAUCAUGCAGAACAACUAUGCAACUGCAGCCUUGCUGGGGUUGCCUGUUGAUGAACCGGAGCUAAUCUGCAAGGUUGAACCAGAAGAAGAUCCGUGGAUCCCAAAUGAACAAGCUGCUAGAGAGAGGCAAAUCCUGCCUGGAAGCAAGUUGGCUCCUGAAACUCCGGAGCCUGCAAUUACCCCCUACCGGCAGUACCGUGGCACCACGUGGACCUACCCCGAGGUCAUUGACCUCCUGGUCAUCUGGCGAGAGCGGGAGAUCCAGCAGGAGCUUCAGAGGAGCCACCGGAACAUCGAAACAUUUCAAGUCGUCGCCAGCAAGAUGGCACUGAGAGGCCACAAGCGCUCCGCGCUGGAGUGCCGCUCCAAGAUAAAAACGUUAAAGAGAGACUACCGAAUAGCCAAGGCUAACAACUCUCCUGGGAAAGGGCAUUUAGCAUGGCUUUUCUAUGAUCGGCUCGAUCACCUCUUGGCGAACGACGUGGACAUCUCGCCCCCGGAGGGGCUGCCCAGCUUCAGUCAUCACGGGGCGUCCGUCGCAGACUCCAUGUCGCAGUGCUCCACGGAGGAGGAGGCGGCGAUGGCGGAGGGGGUGAAAGCAGGUAGCCCAGCCGGUCAGGACCAGCUGGCCCUGCACACGCCAUCGCCUGCUGAUGUCUCCAGUCUGGGUGAUGGCUUUCCCAUCUCGUGCAUCAAGGAGGAAGCCCUCGACGAAAUGGCAGGGACCCCUCCCAUGGCAGAAGUCAGCAGCCCAGCUGCCCCGCUGUCAUCCGCUCCCGGUGAUAAACCAGGCAGCUCUGCCUCAACAGUGGAUGGGGCUGUAACCACCUCCCCAAGCCCUUUGCCUGACCCUGUGAGGUCUUACGCCGCUGAGCGCCUGGCCAACAUCCGGAAGCGGAAAAGGAAAAACAGGCAAGACAUGGCCCUGGAAAUCACGCAGGCGGCCGACAAAAGGGUCCAGGCGGCCACCGACAGAAUCCUAGCAGCUCUCGGAGAAUACGCCAAGGCCGACCUGGAGGACCGCGAGCGGAACCGGGUGGACACUGAGCAGAUAAUUGCCCUCAUGAACCGCCAGACAGAACUGCUGGAGUCGCUGGUGCGAAAGCAGACAGAGGCUCAGGCGCCGGUGCCGCCGGCGCUGACUCGGCAUGCCCGGCUUCCGCGGCUUGGGCAGCCCAGUCCUUCGGCAGACCCGUCCCCCUUGCGCUCGGGUGUUUCCAGGAGGUCCGUCGCCAGGGCAAAGUACCGGAGGUGACUCCGCAGUUGCUCAGCUUUAAUCGGGCUGGGGGAGGGAGAUUGUCCGUAGUUGGUUUAGGAUGCAGGACUUCGGGGUACAUUUGUAACGGGUUGCAGCUUUAUUUUUCAGGAAUUUUUAAAAUCGUUUUACAACAAAUGGUUGUUUAUUUGCCCAGUUGUAUAAAAAGGAAAAGAGAAAAAUUAAA